AUGGUUGCUAAGAAGGACUUACCAUUACUACAACAUGGAAGUUAUCCUGCUACGAGUCCUACGGCCUCGUCCGUGUCAUCGUCUUACUCUCGAGUGGCCUCCGAAGAGCUCAUUGUGCCCCCUCCAGGCAGCUUCAAUUCAGUCUAUUACGGCGUCGAUGCCUUCUCACCAACACUCGUGGAUUUCUACACUGUGGAUCAAAAGCGUAUUGUCUGGUCUUCUCGUGCACACCGCAAGAUGAUGACGACGCUCUAUCGUGCAUGGCACAACAAGAAGUGGAAGAUCUACUCGCUCAGUUUCUGGGCCGGUCUUUGUGCCAUCGCGGCCUUUGCGCUCUUUAUCACGGGCGCUAUAGGCGAAGCCACGGCCCACGACGACGGCGGGUACAAGAAACCCACUCAACAAACGGACAAUCAAGUUCAUGCGUAUGUGGACCUCCCGCUGCUACUGGCUGCUGUCUUUUUCCUUGCGUACCACGCUAUUACAUACCUGGAAGUCAUCAAUUGUUGCCAUAACCUCGAAAUCUGGCUGGAGGAGUAUUUUCAUGGCACGGAACCUGUUCUGGAACGUCAGUAUGUGGGUUUCUUUCCCACUCGAAUCGACUUUUGGACUGCUAUCUUAGGCAUGCUUGGAUCGAUGCUCUAUGUCUUUGCUCGUGCGUACGUCUGGGUAAGAGCAGACAUGGAAAAUUUUGGAAUAGUGGGCGUCGAACGCGAUGACUUGAGCCUCAUCGUAGGUUACUGGGUGCCUUUCUUCGCGGGAUCGUUUUUCCUGCUACUCAGCGCCUACCUUGCACAUGUCGAAGUCGUCCACCAGUGGUUUUCGUGCCGACUUACAACGCUCGAGACUUGGGUCACGGGCUUGAACAUGAUGGCUAUGGUUGGCUUCUUCUUAUCAUCGACUCUGCAGUUUAUGGACCCUCUCUCGGUGUUGUUCUCAUUCGAGGCGUGCGUGGUGCCCUUUGCAUCGGGUUGUCUACUGGGCCUUGGAUCUAGUGUACUCAGCCUCAUGGAGCUAGAGAAUAUCCACAAACGCCACAAGCAUCCGGAAUAUGGUCUCUACGCGUCUCCUGCCGGUUAUGGGACUGCAAGUUAUGGUUCGUUCAAACAGCAAGCAUAA